UGGGAAAGGAGUCAAGGGAGGCUUGCACACAGCGUCAGAGAGUGACAGCAGUAACAGUUUGUUAGAAAAAUCUUCCUGUUCCACACAAAGACUGGACAAACGAACCAUGAUGAAGCUGUUGUGCCUGCUGCUGCUGGUGGCCAGUCUCGAAGCUACUCUCCCUACUCUGGACACCUCUGACAAAGAAGAAUACCCAACCCUGCCCUCACAGGUCCUGACACAGACACCAACCCCAACAGAGGCCAAAUCCCGCUUUGCCAUGCUGGACGACGUUCGCCUUCUGGCAAACGGCCUCCUCCAGUUAGGCCAGAGUCUGCGGGAGUUCGUCCACAAAACCAAGGCCCAAAUCAAUGACAUCUUUCAGAAGCUGAAUAUCUUUGACCGCUCCUUUUACCAACUCUCAGUGGUCACCUCGGAAAUUAAGGAGGAAGAGGAGGAGCUAAAGAAGACCACCAAUUUCCUGAAGACCAACAAUGAGGAGAUCAAGAACCUAUCGCUGGAGAUAAAUUCCAAGAUUAACAACAUCCUGCAGGAGCGCAGCCAGCUUCAGACUAAAGUGGGAAGUCUGGAGGAUAGACUGAAGGGGCUAUCACAAAGCAUCGUCCCUGCAGACCAGCUGAUUGAAAUCAGAUCGCUCAAGGAGGUGAUUGAGGCUCAGGAGAGAACAAUCUCUGAUCUGCUGAAAGCUGUGAGGGAGCAGCAUGAUCAGCUCGACCACCAGAAAACCAAGAUUAAAAGCCUGGAGGAAAAGCUUAGCUAUGAAACUUUUCAAGACACAAUUGUUAAGGCGGUUGAUUCAGAUCCAGUGGAACCUGAUAUGUUUGAAUAUCUGACAGAAAACUCAACUAGCCUGGAGACAAAUGAUUUCCCCACGGAUUGCAGUGAGUUGUUUGACAGAGGAGAGAAAAACAGUGGAGUCUACACUAUCAAGCCAAACCAAUCGGAGCCAUUCAGUGUUUACUGUGAAAUGGGUUCAGAUGAGGGCUUGACCAUCAUUCAAAACAGAAAUGAUGGCUCUGUGGAUUUUGACCAGACAUGGGAAAAGUAUGAGAAAGGCUUUGGAAAUCUGGAAAAGGAGUUCUGGUUGGGCUUGAAGAAGAUUCAUAGCUUGGCAGGGCAGGGAGCCUACAUCCUACGUGUCGAUCUGGCUGACUGGAAGGAGGAGAAGCACUGGGCUGAAUACCAGUUCUCACUGGGAAGUCCCUCCACCCACUACACCCUCCAUCUCAGCUACAUCUCGGGUGACCUGCCUGAUGCCAUGGCCAACAGCACCGGCAUAAGCUUCUCUACAAAGGACAGAGUCAGUGACAACCAGCGCAACUCCAACUGUGCUCGCAACUACACAGGUGGUUGGUGGUUUAGUGCCUGUGGGGAGACCAACUUGAACGGAAGGUACCUGUGGCUGAGAGCAAAGGGACGCUCACUGAGGAGGAAAGGAGUUCACUGGAAGUCAGGCUCAGGGACCUCCUAUUACCUCAAAACAACUAAGAUCUCCAUACGAUCAGCUACUGCUACUGAUAACAUAAACUGAAUCCCGCAAUGAUUCCUACCUUCAUUCAUAACAUAAAAGCUUUUUUCACAUACACAAAUUAUAUAUAUUGCUCAGCCUAAAGUUGCAUUGAAUGGUAAUCUAUAGCAUGAAACUACUUAAUCCAGGCAUACUCCAUGUCUAUAACAACAGUAGCUUAGCCACCACUGUAACAUUAGGCUGACUGCUUCCACCCUUCUUCCAUACAUCAUUCUGUCAGAGGCUACAAGCCAAAAACAUUAUCU